AUGGCCCGAGUUGGGGAAACUGUCACCCUUGUCCAUGCCCUUUUGACAUGUUCGGAGUAUGUCUAUGGUCAAAUUGCGUCUACCCGUUCACACCUCCAAUCACAGAGGGAGUUCAACUGGUCAUCUAUGGCACACAUCUCCAUUCACCCUAAUCCCUCACCUCACUGCCAUAUCAAUGCAAUAUGCUCAUGUUGUUGUUAUGACCAGCCUGGUAAGGGCGUAGCGAGUCCCGGCUACACUCGAAUAUUCCAUAAUGAGGCGAAGGGGGAGACGCACAGACGCGUCGAAGAGGUGGUAUUGGGAUUUGUGGGGACGCUGCGCAUUAGCAUAGCAUAGCAUGUGAAUGCAUGUUGCUAGGGCGGGUAUCUCAACACAGCGUUGCGCUUGUGGUUUGUUGUUGAUGUUACUACAUGUACAUUACCUCGUCGCGAAAAUAUAUCUUUAUUUUUCACCGA